CACACAGAGACGUAGAUGGAGAGGCCUGAGCAAGUGAGCGAUACAGUGCCAACCUCAUGGAGCGGACCCAGCAAUCGCAUAGCAGCUGUUAACCUAGAGGGGAAACCACAACCUGCCAUUGGUCUUGGGCAUAAACAUAGCGACCCAACUCACCAGAAACCCGGAUGGAGAAAGUUUCUGUCAUAUGUAGGACCUGGUUUCCUGGUUUCUUUGGCUUAUCUUGACCCUGGCAACCUGGAAACUGAUCUGCAAGCAGGAGCUGACCAUGGAUAUGAGCUGCUCUGGGUUAUACUUAUUGGACUCAUCUUUGCUCUCGUAAUUCAAUCUCUCGCAGCUAAUCUUGGAGUUAGCACUGGAAAACAUCUGUCAGAGUUAUGCAAGGCUGAGUAUCCAAGAUAUGUCAAGUACUGUCUCUGGCUGCUGGCUGAGUUAGCUGUCAUUGCUGCAGAUAUACCCGAAGUGAUUGGGACAGCUUUUGCCUUAAAUAUAUUGUUUCACAUCCCACUAUGGGUUGGAGUUCUCUGCACGGGUCUUAGCACUCUCCUCCUCCUUGGCCUGCAGAAAUAUGGGGUGAGGAAGCUUGAAAUGUUAAUAGCAGUUCUGGUGUUUGUAAUGGCAGGAUGUUUCUUUGGUGAAAUGAGUCAUGUCAAGCCACCAGCUUCUAAAGUCCUUAAGGGCAUGUUUGUCCCCAUGCUUUCCGGCCAAGGAGCCACCGGCGACGCCAUUGCCCUUCUAGGUGCCCUUGUCAUGCCACACAACCUCUUUCUGCACUCAGCCCUUGUGCUUUCUAGAAAAGUACCCAAUUCUGUCCGUGGCAUCAACGAUGCCUGCCGUUAUUUCCUUAUAGAGAGUGGAUUUGCACUAUUUGUUGCAUUUUUAAUCAAUGUCGCAGUUGUUUCUGUCUCGGGUACGGUUUGCUCAGCCCAGAACCUAUCGCAACAGGAAGCAGAUAGAUGCAGUGAUCUCACCCUUAACUCUGCUUCUUUCCUUCUUCAGAAUGUGUUAGGGAAAUCAAGCUCUACACUAUAUGCUAUUGCCCUUUUAGCCUCAGGUCAAAGCUCCACUAUAACAGGCACUUACGCAGGACAGUACAUCAUGCAGGGUUUCUUGGAUCUUAAGAUGAGAAAAUGGAUUAGAAACCUACUGACUAGAUGUAUUGCCAUUACACCUAGUCUUAUUGUCUCAAUUAUUGGAGGAUCACAGGGAGCAGGUCGACUAAUCAUAAUUGCAUCGAUGAUACUCUCAUUUGAACUUCCAUUUGCUCUCAUCCCACUUCUCAAAUUCAGCAGCAGUUCCACCAAGAUGGGUCCUCACAAGAACUCAAUAAUUAUAAUUGUGUUCUCGUGGAUUCUGGCUCUAGGAAUAAUUGGAAUAAACGUAUAUUAUCUAAGCAGAGGCUUUGUGGAUUGGCUAAUUCACAAUAAUCUACCAAAAGUUGGGAAUGUGUUGAUUGGGAUCAUAGUAUUUCCUCUAAUGGCAAUGUAUGUGCUUGCAGUCAUCUACCUAACCUGUAGAAAAGACACAGUGAUAACAUUUGUAGAGCCAAUGAAGGAAGAUCCAACAGUUCUUCAAGCAAAUAACAUGGAAGAUGGAAGACUAGGCAAGUCUAAUGAGGCUUUGGAGAUGAAUCAUGUGCCUUAUAGAGAUGACUUAGCUGACAUCCCGCUGCCAGAAUAGAGGCUUUACUUUUAGACCAAAUUCUUCAGUUUCAAACUAAAAUUAUUAGAUAAGGUCAUCUAAUAUAUAUGGUUCCUUUAAUUUCCCACCAUGGUUAUAAAUUCUAUGAUAAACCCACAAAUCUAUGAGUGGAAAUUAAGGACCAUUGAUCUACCCUAUCUAAUAAUUUUUGUUUAGCUGAGGUGUAAAAUACGCCUGGUAAGGCUUAUUGAUGAGAACCACAAGCUCCUUACUGCCUUUGUAUUAAUUUGACCACUGGGUUCCAUCCAUCUUGCAGAAGUGUUCCUUGAAAACCGAAAUAAAAGAUGU